CUAAGAAAAAUGAGGGACUUAACUGAACUAGAAUGGAUAAUUUCUCUUGGCGUCGUUGCCCAGGUUAGGCGAACCCCAACCGGGGCCAAGGGAAGCGCAAUCCUCCGUUGUCCGCGCCGCGUCCACUUCCCCUAACCGCCAAUCUUAAACACCAAAAUAUCUUUUUUCUUUUUAAAUUUUUAAAGAUGAAAACAAAAAUUGAAGUGUAGAAGAUGUUGAUAAAAAAAAAUCAAAAUCAAAAUAUCAUCUUCAGCCAGCGGAAUUCUUGUGUUUUCGGGGGAAGGAAGUGAAAGAGAAUCAACGAUCGCAUUUAACAUCAAUCAAUUCGAUGAAUGGCGAUUCGAUUGAGAAGAAGAAAGAAGCUUUCAGAGCAGAGCAAAGAGAUUAGAACACAAAAGGAAAGAGCAGAAAGCGACAUGACGACGCUCAAAGUAGAGUAGACGCUACGUCUUACUAAUCUCUCGCUCGUUCUCUCUCUGCAAUUUUUUCUUUUACUUGAUGAAAUUCCAUUGAUAAAGCACCUCAAUGUCUUGGCUUUCGAUUCCUCUCCCAAACCCCUUAAAGUCACUUCACUCCGACGUUUCUCAAAGCCACGAAUCGCCUCCAUCAUCGUCGUUGCAGUCAUCGGACGGCCAACAUGCGUCGUCGCCUGUCGCAGGAGUGAAGGAGGACUUCUCGGUGCUCAGCCUGACAAUCGGCCGCCAACUCCGUGGCGUCGCCGCUUUCCUUGCUCCACCGCCGGAGAUGGCAUCUCCGGCGUCGGCGGCGGAGUCGUCGGACGUUGAUGCUUCGGAUUCUUCUUCUUUGUCGCUUCUCGGCAUUCGGAAUGAUCUCGUUGAGAUCGGCGGCAGCUUCAAGUCCGGCCUCUCCUUGCUCUCUAGCAACAAGGCCGUCAGCGGGAUCUCGAAGAUCGCCUCGAACUUGUUGCAAUUUGGCGAAGAAGGAGAUGGACAUAAAGAUGAAACUUUUGGCGAUGAUCAUAGUGGUUUUUGUGAUGCUCCGGGCAUUACUGAUGAUGUUCUUAAUUUUGUGGAGGAAAUUUCGACGCGGCCGGAGUGUUGGAUGGACUUUCCUCUGUCACUGAAACUUGAUUUUAAUAUGUCUGAUACUCAAAAAGAACAUGCCUCCACUGUUUUACAGUUGUCUCCAAGUUUCACUGCUCUUAAACUUAAACUCUCCAGUUACAUGAGUGACAAAAAUUUUUGGAUGAUAUAUUUUAUUUUGUUGCUUCCAAGGCUGGAUGUGCAUGGUUCAGAGCUUCUGUCAACUUCUGAGAUUGUUGAAGCAAGAGAGAUACUUCUGCAGAAUCUGAAAAACAAGAGUUAUGCACAGGUGGAGAGCAAUGAGAAUAAGACUGCUAUUGCGUCUGCAGAUGGUGAUCAACACAGGGACAGGGACAGGCAAGGAGAAAGUAGCCCAUCUCAGGGAAAGAAAAUUUUGGCUGACACUAUUAAUGCUAUGAGAGAAAUACAUAUUGAAGAACACGAAAGUACUGACCAAUGGUUGAAAGAGGGUGGCAUUGACAGGAGCACUUCUGUAAGUGCCCGAAAGCCACUUGAAGAGGAUAUGUCCUUCAGUGAUCUGGAGGAUGAUGAUGAUGAUCUCUCUCGUAGAUUAUCUGGCUCUAGGCCAGGAGAGAAUAUUAGGUCACCUUCACCAAAUGGAUCCAGUGAAUGGGUUCAACUGAACGAUAACUCCAAGACCCAAGGUGGCUGCCAAAAGGCAAGUCCAUCUUCUCAUGAUAGAGAUUCCGAAGGAGAAGAGUCAAAUGACUGGCUUACAAUUGAUGAUUUUGAUUCAGACAGUUCAGCUGCUGUUUGAAUUGUCAAAGUUCUGUAAAGUUUGUGCAUUGCACCUCCUCCCCCUCCCCCCCCCCCCCCACCCUCUUUUUUCUUUUUUUAAAUGAACUACUUGUGGAUCUGUACCGACAGAUAAACUUCGUCACUAAAUACAAUAAUCAGUUAAUUUAAAAUGCA